CCUUCAAAGGGAACCUAUCUUCUUGGGGAAGUGUUGCUCCGAGAGCUGGGCUGUAGUUUAAAAGGCCAUGUCAGAGAGAAUAUUUUUGAAUUAAUGAGGGAGUUUAGAAUGCUAAGGGAAAAGUUCCAUUAGCAAUUUCAGAAGAAAACAAGUUUUAAGGGAGAGUGGCAUUCUUAAUUGUCAUUCUACCAUAAUUUGAUCCAUAAUUUAAUAGUAAAUCACAAUAUUUUUCUUUCCUGAUAUCAACUUAAGAGUGACUAUCCUCAUAAUACAAAGUAUGACUUCCAGUUUUCCUGCUUCCAAUACAUCCAUGAGAUCUGAGAGGAAUACAUAUGUUGGAAAAGGUUUUGUUCAUGUUAAAAAUCCUUACCUGGACUCUAUGGAUGAAGAUGUUCUCUAUCACUUGGAUUUAGGAACAAAAACACACAACCUACCAGAAAUGUUUGGGGAUGUAAAGUUUGUCUGCGUUGGUGGAAGCCCUAACAGAAUGAAAGCAUUUGCACUCUUUAUGCACAAGGAGCUCAGAUUGGAAGACAGUGAAGAGGACGUCAAGGACAUCUGCGCCGGGACUGACAGAUAUUGUAUGUACAAAAUUGGUCCCGUGCUCUCUAUCAGUCAUGGCAUGGGCAUCCCCUCCAUUUCUAUUAUGCUUCAUGAACUCAUUAAAUUACUGUACCAUGCCCGGUGCUGUGACGUUACCAUUAUCAGAAUUGGUACAUCAGGGGGAAUAGGGAUUGCACCGGGGUCUGUUGUAAUAACAGAUAGAGCCGUAGACUCCUUUUUUAAGCCCCGGUUUGAACAGGUAAUCUUGGAUAAUGUUGUCACCAGAAGUACUGAACUUGACAAAGAACUGGCUGAGGAACUAUUCAACUGUAGCAAAGAAAUUCCCGACUUCCCAACCCUCAUUGGACAUACGAUGUGUACCUAUGAUUUUUAUGAAGGCCAGGGUCGACUAGAUGGAGCGCUGUGCUCCUUUUCCAGAGAAAAGGGGUUAGAUUACUUGAAAAGAGCAUAUAAUGCCGGCAUCAGGAAUAUCGAAAUGGAAUCUACGGUGUUUGCGGCCAUGUGUAGACUUUGUGGUCUAAAAGCUGCUGUGGUCUGUGUGACACUUCUCAACAGACUUGAAUGUGACCAGAUCAACUCUCCCCAUGAUGUUCUGGUGGAGUACCAGAAACGGCCUCAGCUCCUAAUCUCCAGAUUCAUCAAACGGCGGCUUGGACUUCGUGACCUGACAUCAUAGCUGGGCAGCCCAAUCCUUCCCUGCAAGUUUGUACUUCCAGUCAUAAUGUUGAAGUCAUAUAUUAUUUGUGGCAUUUUUAUAUAGUUCUCAUCCACAUGCUAAAAUCAUAAUUGAAUGAUUUUAUACAACCCUUUCUCUUAAAAAAAGAAUUUAUUGUAGAAGAGUUUAAUAACUUACAUUAAAUUAAAUUCAAAUUUCAUUUUAGAAUGAGUUAGCUAAGUCAGUCUAAUAAUUAAAACUGUAAAACUCCUGUACUGUGACAUUUGGAGUUUCAUAUGCAGCAUUAAUUAGGUUCACAUCAAAAUAGAUCAACCACUUGUGAUAGAAAGCCCAGAGAUAAACCCACGCACCUAUGGUCAACUAAUCUAUGACAAAGGAGGCAAGGAUAUACAAUGGAGAAAAGACAGUCUCUUCAAUAAAUGGUGCUGGGAAAACUGGACAGCUACAUGUAAAAGAAUGAAAUUAGAAUACUCCCUAAUACCAUACACAAAAAUAAACUCAAAAUGGAUUAGAGACCUAAAUGUAAGACUGGACACUAUAAAACUCUUAGAGGAAAACAUAGGAAGAACACUCUUUGACAUAAAUCACAGCAAGAUCUGUUUUGAUCCACCUCCUAGAGUAAUGGAAAUAAAAACAAAAAUAAACAAAUGGCACCUAAUGAAACUGCAAAGCUUUUGCACAGCAAAGGAAACCAUAAACAAGACGAAAAGACAACCCUCAGAAUGGGAGAAAAUAUUUGCAAAGGAAUCAACGGACAAAGGAUUAAUCUCCAAAAUAUAUAAACAGCUCAUUCAGCUCAAUAUUAAAGAAACAAACAACCCAAUCCAAAAAUGGGCAGAAGACUUAAAUAGACAUUUCUCCAAAGAAGACAUACAGACGGCCAUGAAGCACAUGAAAAGAUGCUCAACAUCACUAAUUAUUAGAGAAAUGCAAAUCAAAACUACAAUGAGGUAUCACCUCACACCAGUUAGAAUGGGCAUCAUCAGAAAAUCUACAAACAACAAAUGCUGGAGAGGGUGUGGAGAAAAGGGAACCCUCUUGCACUGUUGGUGGGAAUGUAAAUUGAUCCAGCCACUAUGAAGAACAGUAUGGAGGUUCCUUAAAAAACUAAAAAUAGAUUUACCAUAUGAUCCAGCAGUCCCACGACUGGGCGUAUACCCAGAGAAAACCAUAAUUCAAAAAGACACAUGCACCCCAAUGUUCAUUGCAGCACUAUUUACAAUAGCCAGGUCAUGGAAGCAUCCUAAAUGCCCAUCGACAGACGAAUGGAUAAAGAAGAUGUGGUACAUAUAUACAAUGGAAUAUCACUCAGCCAUAAAAAGGAACGAAAUUGAGUCAUUUGUUGAGACGUGGAUGGAUCUAGAGACUGUCAUACAGAGUGAAGUAAGUCAGAAAGAGAAAAACAAAUAUCAUAUAUUAACGCAUGUAUGUGGAACCUAGAAAAAUGGUACAGAUGAACCGGGUUGCAGGACAGAAGUUGAGACACAGAUGUAGAGAACAAAUGUAUGGACACCAAGGGGGGAAAACUGCAGUGGGGUGGGGAUGGUGGUGUGCUGAAUUGGGCGAUUGGGAUAGACAUGUAUACAGUGAUGUGUAUAAAAUUGAUGACUGAUUAAUAUAAAAUAAAUAAAUAAAUAAAAGUUUAAAAACAAUAAAAUAAAUAAAAAGAUCCCACAAGCUGGGCUUCCCUGGUGGUGCAGUGGUUAAGAAUUCGCCUGCCAAUGCAGGGGACAAUAAAAAAAAAAAAAAAGAAUUUAUUGUAGAAGAGUUUAAUAACUUACAUUAAAUUAAAUUCAAAUUUCAUUUUAGAAUGAGUUAGCUAAGUCAGUCUAAUAAUUAAAACUGUAAAACUCCUGUACUGUGACAUUUGGAGUUUCAUAUGCAGCAUUAAUUAGGUUCACAUCAAAAUAGAUCAACCACUUGUGGAUACAGUUACCCGUCACUCUGUUUCUGAAACUAAUCCAGAAAUUCAUGUUAGAACGUUGUCAGGCACUUCUAGAUGUUGGACAAGUGACAGAAAUUGAUCAUGCAUAUUCAAAAUAUUUACAGAAAAAAAAUGUCAGUGUAAUGUAGGUCUAUAUGAAAAAGCUACACUUAGGGAAAUGUGACCAUACUUCUUUUUUUUCCCCUGCAGGAUUUCAGUGCACCAUGUAAUAGGGUUAGAGGCUUAGGUUUGCCCAUGUUUGUGAUUUUAUCACAAAAAGUAACAACUCUAGAUCACACAUUGAUUUUCAAAUGAAAACCCUUGGAAAUGCAAAGAAAGAUCUUCAUUUUUCUUCAGAAAUCACAAAUGAUUAAAUCACCUUCUAGCAAUUUUUUUUCUUUUAAGGAAAUGCAUUUUGAAGAGGCUGUAUUUUUUAAAUUUCAUUUCAAUAUUAACCUCAUAGGCUGAGGAAUUAAUAACAAGUGAAUUUAGACCUGAGUUCAAGAUGUUGAAGUCAUCCUUUUGUGUGACUUUGAAGCAGGUCUUGCCUGCACCCAACCUGUACCCCUAUUCAGUUUGACCCUCUGGCAGGCAUGGUGUCACUUAGGGGAUACACCUUGCUCUGUAUGAGUUGAUGCCUCCUGGGGGGGGGGGUCUUCUAAGGCUGAUACACUUAAGAGUUGGGAAGCACGGAUGGCAGAAGGGUGGAGGAGAGCUUACAAUCUUGAAUAGCAUGUAACGUUGUGUACAUAGAUUUAUAUUGUUGUGGCUCAAAUAAAAUUUAAUUCCAACCAUGA